GCAGAUCCUACAUUCCUAAAUACAUUCGCUGGCUCCUUCAGCACGUAUAAUUGCCUAUCUGGCAAGUAAGGGACGAGUUCCCAAACCUGCUUCGAAUCCAGGCAUGGCCUUGAUCACGAGCGAAUUGCGUGCGGCGUCUUUCGAAGACAACCGAGUACCCCUACCGCCUCCUCCAGACGUUGCCAUAACCCCUGCUGGCACACUCCCCAAACCGUAUUUUGUUGAGAAUGGCCUGCGUCGGGUUGCACCUUACCAUUUCACGUACAAUACAUACUGCAAACAACGAUGGCGAGGCCGAGAGAUUCUGGACAUCUUCGCAGCAGAAUUUCGUGACCGAACCAGGGAAUAUUACAAAGAAGCGAUAGAGGCAGGGCAAAUCAUAAUCAAUGGCAAGCCAUGUAAUGAUGUCCAUACCAUUGUUCAGAAUGGAGAUGUCAUCUCACACACCCUUCACAGACAUGAGCCGCCGGUGACGGCGCAGCCUGUCCGAGUCAUCCACGAAACAGAUGAUAUGAUCGUGAUCGAUAAGCCAGCCGGCGUACCUGUCCAUCCUGCGGGUCGCUACAACUACAACUCGGUCGUUGAGAUCAUGAAAGCAGAAAGACAGCUUGGUUUCAAACCGCUGCCAUGCAACAGACUCGACCGAUUGACCAGCGGGAUUAUGUUCAUUGGCAAAACCAGCAAAGAAGCUGAGGUCAUCAGCGAGAAACUUCGCGGCCGUACGGUGCGCAAGGAAUAUGUCGCCAGGGUCAAGGGUCGAUUUCCGGACGGCGAGGGUUGGGACGGCGAUUCUAUGAGAGGUGGUGUGGUCAAGUGUGAGGAGAGUAUCCUACAAAUCAGUCCUAUCGUAGGCCUGAAUAGAGCCAGAGCAAGCGGAAAAUCUGCAAAGACUUUGUUCAGAAGGUUAGCAUACUAUCCUACGAGCAAGCCGCAUACCUCGAGCGGUACCGACUCAUCAGGUGUUUCGACUGGUGCGACAGGAGCCCAACCUGCGCCGGCGAUAUCUGGGACAGAGAAUGAAGGAUAUAGCAUCGUUCAUUGCCUGCCCUUGACUGGGCGCACGCAUCAAAUUCGAGUCCAUUUGCAGUUUCUUGGACACCCGAUUACCAAUGAUCCGAUCUACAGUAAUAGGGCAGUGUUUGGACCGUCUCUUGCGAAGAACGAAUCAACAGGGGAGAACGACGAGGAAAUCAUAGCCAAAUUGAAGAAGAUCGGGAAGACAGAGGUUUCGGACUCGUUAUCUUACGAGCAGCAACGACAAGCAGCGAGGACAGAGCAGACACAGCAAAUGACGGUGUCAGAAGCAGCAAGAUUGAAAGAUGCACAAGACAAAUUGAACUUCAAACCAUUACCAGAAGGCACUUUGCAUGCUGGGUCGCUGGCUGGCUCUGGUGAGAACCCGAUGCACGACGACCCUCAAUACGGAGCAUUUGUCAAGGCACACGAUGAAAUGGUUGCAGACUACAACAAGCGGAAAGGUGAGAAGAUGACUGGAGAGAAAUGCGCAAUAUGCGACACUCCGCUUUACUCAGAUCCUGGACCGCAUGAGCUGGGCAUCUACCUCCAUGCCUUGUCGUAUGCUGACCUUACGCCGGGAAGCUGGAGCUAUCGCAGUCCUGUACCUCAAUGGGCUUUACCGCCCGAGGGUCAUGAUGGCCCACGAGAUAUUGACGAAUGGGAAUAUCGAGGAGACGAGACUCUGGAGAUAGGUGACGAGAGAGAAGAUGAGAAGAGCAGGAAUCUGCUUGGGGCGAAGAAGAACAAGGGAGAAGUGUGAGAUGAAAGGUGUCGCAGAGGCCGCAGGCCUGUUAUGGAAAUGCGAUGACACCAUAGAUGUGUUCAGAAGUACAUUUCAGUCAAGUUCUACGGAU